GUGCACAUGUGGAUCAGGGCUGUGUCCCCUUGCCUUUGUUCUCCGCACUAAGCUCCAGAUUGACCCUGCUUCGAUGGGUUCAGUGGCCACUUAAUGGACCAAGGACGUCCGAUACACCCACUUUUUUGUAAAGGGCCCCACUUUUUCGGCCAUCUCGGACUAAACCUUACUUCAGCCUUGCACACCUUAUUUUCCACUUCCUACCCCCCCUGGACCAUCGUCCUCUUCUCUUCUCACUCCUCUCCACUCGACCACUCUCUUCUUCCCUUCGGCAUACCCUCGAUUUAUUCAUCCGCUCAUUCAUUUCUCCAUUCAUUCCACAUUCAUCUCACAAUUACAGCAUGUCCCUGUUUGUACGGCCAAGGCACAUCACAUCCCUCGCAAGAGCCCACCUCCCAUGGUCACCCAGUCGACAUUCCACCGCAUUCGCCUCUGCGAUCACACUCCGCAGCUAUCGAUACUUUUCCUUGCCAGCCCUUGCAACCGAGGAAGAGAACCCCGACACCAGCACAGUCAGCCAACCACUACCAGAACAACAACAACAACAACAACAACAACAGCAGCAGCAGCAGACCAUUAGGAGCAAAGUGCAGGCAAAAAUUGCCGCCAUAGAUCAAGAACGACCUUUCUCCGCCGUCCUGACGGAUAACUUUUCAAGGCAACAUACCUAUCUCCGGAUCUCACUUACAGAAAAAUGCAACCUUCGAUGUAAGUCUCACUUCUCUCCGGACCCUCGUUUCAUUCAAGG